AUGGCGAGAACUCUACUUUCAUCUCCACCGUUCAUCGGCACACCACUCCUCUCUCUCUCUCGCCACACGCUCACUACCAACCGUCGAUUCAUAUCCACAAGAAUCAAGUUAAGCUUACACGACAGCAUUCCCCCAAUUCAUCAUCACUUAAACUCUUCAGUCGAUUUCAAUUCAAUUAUUAGCAGAGCAGAAGGAUUUCUCUACACGCUCGCUGAUGCCGCCGUUGCAGUAGAUCCCGCUGUUUCUGCUACUUCAACUGAUCCCGUUGCUGCUGCUCAAAAGAAUGGCGGUUGGUUCGGUUUCAUCUCUGAUGGUAUGGAAUUCGUUCUCAAGGUGUUGAAGGAUGGCCUUUCAGCUGUACAUGUGCCGUAUGCUUAUGGUUUUGCCAUUAUUUUGCUUACUGUUAUUGUUAAAGUUGCUACUUUUCCUUUGACCAAGAAACAGGUGGAAUCUACCCUGGCUAUGCAAAACCUGCAACCUAAGAUAAAAGCUAUUCAACAAAGAUAUGCAGGAAAUCAGGAAAGAAUACAGCUUGAGACGUCCCGUCUAUAUAGGCAGGCUGGAGUUAAUCCAUUAGCAGGUUGUUUUCCAACUUUGGCUACAAUACCAGUAUGGAUAGGCCUAUAUCAAGCUCUUUCAAAUGUUGCAAAUGAGGGAUUGUUGACAGAAGGUUUCUUUUGGAUCCCCUCUUUGGGUGGGCCAACUACAAUUGCAGCUCGACAAACUGGAUCGGGCAUUUCUUGGCUUUUUCCAUUUGUGGAUGGUCAUCCCCCAUUAGGCUGGCAUGACACUGCAGCAUACCUGGUUUUGCCUGUCCUCCUUGUUGUCUCUCAGUACGUAUCAAUGGAGAUCAUGAAGCCUCCCCAGACAGAUGAUCCAACUCAAAAGAACACGCUUCUCGUUUUCAAGUUUCUACCUCUUAUGAUCGGUUACUUCUCUUUGUCUGUUCCAUCGGGAUUAUCUAUAUACUGGUUCACAAACAAUGUCCUAAGCACAGCUCAACAGGUAUGGUUACGCAAAUUAGGUGGUGCAAAGCCUGUGGUUAAUGAGAAUGCAAGUGGAAUCAUCACUGCAGGACGUGCAAAAAGAUCAGCUUCACAACCAGGGCAGACUGGUGAUAGGCAGUUAAAGGAAGAAGAGAAGAGCAAAAAAUUGAGCAAGGCAUUGCCAUCAGAAGAUGUUCAAGCUCUGGAUUCUGCAUCUGGUUCUGCUGAGGAUUCAGAUGAAGUGACUAAGGACAAGAUUCUUAAUACAAUGUACAAGAAGAAAAUAGUGAGCCACGAAAAUUGGUGGUCUUUGACACAGUUGGAGUCUGCCCAACGUGAUAAUCAGCUUGCUGACGAGGAGGUUCUGGAAGAAGCAUAUGCUUCAAGUUCAAGCAAAAGGGUCCCGGAUAUUUCUCGGACAAAGAGAAGCAAGCGGUCAAAGAGAAAGCGAGCUGUGGUAAGAGACAGUGAUCUUAAGACAUCCCAGCAAGCACCAUUUCUCAGUUCAUUGAGGCUUCCGUAUGGGAAAAUUGUGUUACGCACUUCAGCUGAUAAACAUAUGGGAGAAGGCAAAUUACACCGCCUUGAGAAAGCUCAGUACCCAGGAGAGGAAGUUGUCGCAUUUUUUUUUGAGAAUCAUCUGGAGCAGAAAUUAGAUACUAGCAAUAAUGAAUAUGAUAAUGAAAGCAGAGAGGGAAUGUUGCCUGCCUGCUUCAAUAGCUUGAACCUUGAUAUUGGAGGAGAGAUGCUGUUGAGAAGCUACAAGCAGAAGCCAUGCCAAGAGAAGAUGGAUGAAAGUCAGCCUGCUCAUCUUGGGCUUGAAACGGUGCAUGUUGCAACUGAAUGGAGAAGUUUUAUGUGA